AUGGUGGGCGUGGUCGUUAUCUACCUUGGAAAGAAAUGGCUGCCUCUUCUAACGAAGCAGCCAAGCUACAGCAACAUCUGGACCUUCUCAGGGCCCAGUAUGUGAAGCUACAGCAACGUCAUGCAGAGCUCGAACAGAAGUAUUCCCGUGUCUUAGCCACGUCUGGUAGUGUAGGACCUGACCACUUUGUGUCAAGGCUGCUCAAGGUGGUGUCAGACCUGUAUGACAAAUCCCUGUACAGUGACAUGGAGGUGGUGCUGGCUGAUCGGAGGAUACCAGCUCAUAAGUUCAUCCUAGUGGCGAGGAGUCGACAUUGGACACAAGACGAGACCUUAUCAUCGACCAAUCAGCUUGACUUGAGUCACAUGACACCUUUUGUAGCUGGGAGCAUGAUUCGCUGGGUCUACACUGACAGUAUCAUCCUACCCUCUGACCAAACAGCCAUGAUAGAGUUACUAGCAGCAGCUAACAAGUAUCAUCUAGGCCAACUCAAGGAGAAAUGUGAGGGGUCGCUGGUGUCUAGUGUGACUGUAAGGAAUUGUAUCAAGCUCUACCAAGCAUCAGAGGAGCACUCGGCUGAUAAUCUCAAGAAAUACUGCCUCCAAAUGAUCUCUAGUCAUUGGAGCAAUCUAAACACGAGUGACUUUGCUGAGAUGACUGCUCCAUUGUUAUAUGAGAUAUUUAAGGCUCACACAAACCAUCCCCUCCACCUCGCCAUCCUGCAUUGUAGGGAAGACAUUGUCUUCUUGUUCCUCAUAGAGUUCAACUCACAGCUGCCUGGCAAGCUGAAUGAGUGUGACAGUGAUGGCAACCUUCCUCUCAACCUUGCCCUCUUACAUCGCCAUGACAGCAUUGCCAGCACACUGGUGGGUAAUAACUGUGAUGUGGAUGUUCUGGACAGUGAUGGGAACAGUCUCUUACACCUGGCUAUCCUGAGAGGGGACACCUUUGCAGCCUCCUUCCUCAUCAAGAAUGGAGCUAAUACUAUUCUACCUCGACGCAGUACCCAGGAGACUCCACUUCACCUGGCAGCUGCUUAUAAUCCCUCACAGGCCCUGGCCCACGUGUCUAGUGUGGCUGUUAAGGAUGCUCCCUGGCCAACUGAGUCCAUGGCUCAGAUAGCCAGCCUCUUGCUGGAGUAUCAUGCCAACCCUGACUCUCAAGACAGUACUGGAGCUACUCCACUUCAACGUGCUAUUACAGCAGGCAAUGAAGAUGUCUUCACUAUCUUACUGACCAACCCAGUGUUGAACCUUGAGCUGCGUAACAAUAGCUCUGAGACUGCAUUAUGGUUGGCCCUGUUAGACCUGGACACUGGCUACCUACACAGCACUGACCUCUCAGAGCAUGACCACACCUUUGCUGCACGCCUUAUACUCAGAGGAGCUAAUAUUGAUGCAGUGGAUACUCGCAGUGGCAACUCUGCACUUCAUAGCGCUAUACUGGAGAGUAAGGAAGCAGCUGCUGUGUUCCUAGUACACAAGGGGGCUCUUCCUAAUAACAAGAACAGCAAAGGGGAAGCCCCUAUUCAUUUAGCUGCCAUGAAUGGGCUGGAGACUCUUGUAGGUGUAUUGCUAGAGUGUGGAGCAGAUCCCAACCAACAGACUGCCCUCAAGCCACGCCCACUUGUCAAGACCCCGCCCACUACCCGACAAGACUCUCUGACCACACCCACUCCACUCGAGGCUCUCUCUUACACUGUACAGGCGGGCAGUGGUUACUCGUCCUCACAGAGCUCACACCCGCCCACUCCACCCUCACAACCCUCACACUACAAUCCUCCCGAUAUGGCAGAGACAUUGCAAAUGAUCAGUGGAGGGAUUACCAUGGCAACCUUCCCUAAGGAGAGUCCGUCAAUGAGCAGAGUUGCUGUGAAUCCAUUCAACACAAACCCAUUUGGCUCGGACAGUGAGGAGGAAGAGGACACGCCCCCUCCACUACCAUCAGGGUAUCAUGUGAUCAGUGCCCCUCCCACUAAGUCAGGCCACACCCACUCAUCUCUUAGAUCCAGUGCUACAGGUACCCCAGCAUCACAGCAUGGUGCCACGCCCCCAUUUGCCCCACCCACUAAUGAGAGAGAGUUCAUUGAAUCAGCCGAGCAGUUUGAUGUGACCUUUGACCCUGGCCUGCGGACUGCCCUCCACUUGGCCAUUGCUUAUAAUCACCCACCAGUGGUCAGAGUGUUGCUACACCACAAAGGUACUAGCAGCUCUGGUAAACUGGAAGUGGGUCUCAAUGUGAACCUGAGAGAUGGAUCAGAAGAGACACCACUGAGUCUAGCACUGUGGACCAACCUAUUCAUGGUGGCACAGGAACUGCUUGAUGCUGGGGCUGACAUUGAGAGCACAGACAGUGAUGCUCCGGGCAUGUUGUAUGUUGCCAUAGUGAGGGAGAAGGCUAAGGCAGCACGCUACCUCCUGGACAAUGGAGCUAACUUCAAGAAGAAAACUCCUCAGAAUGAGAGCUUGCUGAUCCUUGCAUUGCGUCAUCAACUAGAGGACGUGGCAGAUCGACUGUGUGAGUUGGGAGUGGAUGUGAACCAGGCUGACAGUGAGGGGAACUCCCCUCUCUGGGUGGCACUACGCAGCAAACAAGAGGCAGUCGCUGCUAAACUGAUAGUGCACGGCUGUGAUCCUAACUCCUGGCAUCGCUCCACUGAUGGGACCACCAUCACUCUACUGCACAGAGCUAUCCUACUACAUGAUACUACCUCGGCUUGUUUCCUCAUUCGUAAAGGAGCAGAUAUCAACAGUCCAUCUCGUCCAGCUCCUGGGGGCUUGGAGGGAGUGUUUGCCCCACCCCUUCAUAUGGCCGCCAUGAGAGGUCUCCAGGAAGUGGUGCGCUGUCUAGUGGAACAUCAGGCUGACAUCAACGCUAAGGACUCUGAUGGACGCUGUGCUAUCCAUGUCUCCAUCUCUUGUAAGCAACCACGCUGCUCGGACAUACUGCUGACUCAGGCGAACCUUGACCUCACCGUACGAGACAAAAACAACCAAACACCGUUUGCUGUAGCCAUGGCAACCAAAGACAACCAAAUCGGACUGUCUAUCCUCAACAGAGAACCUAGUGCUGCCGAGCAGGUUGACUCUCGGGGACAGAACUUCCUCCACCUGGCUGUUCUACACGAGGACACUGAGGGGGUCAUCUUCCUGCUCAGUGUGAGGGCAGAUGUUAACUCAAAGGUCACGAACCCCACACUCAAUACGUCCCUACACUAUGCCGUCAAAGGAGGAUCAGAGAUACUCGUGAGACAUCUGUUGUUAGCGGGCGCGCGUGUGACUGACAUUGACAACCACCAGAGGGGGGUGCUCCAUAUGGCAGUGGAGGGGGAUUUCCCCUCUAUCCUCUCUAUCCUAUUAGAGAACAGUGCGGACCCUGACCUUGCUGAUGAGGCAGGAAAUAACGCUCUCCAUGUGGCAAUGCAGCUGGGUCACAUGAUCUGCUCCAAGAUCCUACUAGAAGAAAGUGUUGUGAACCUACUCUCCAUCAACCUUCGUGGUCAGAUGUGUCUCCAUCUACUGGCUAAGCACGGGCGUGAGAAUGCAGCUGCCAUAUUCAGUAUGCUCUUGAGCACUGCACCGAGGUUCCCUCUAGACAAGCAGGACGAGGACGGACACACUCCGCUACUUCUGGCCUAUCUCAAUGGUGCCACUGCACUGUGUGACACACUGGUACUAGCCGGGGCACAUCCCAGCAUCCCUAACAAACAAGGACUGAGCAUCUUCAACUCUCCAGUGGCCACCAAACAGCUACUGUUCAGAAUACUAGAGCAAAUCACCUCUGAACCACAAUGGCUGGAGGGAAACUUCUGUCAGCAUUGCAACCUCAAGUUCAACAUAUCGCAUCGUAAACACCACUGCCGACACUGUGGUCGCCUCCUGUGCAAGCAAUGCACAAGCCAUCAGAUGCCCAUUCUCAAGUUUGAUCUAAGCAAGCCAGUGCGGGUGUGUGAGGUGUGCUCUGACCUCUUCAAGCUCGGAUCAUCACGUUAGAUAUGUAGCGGACAUUUUUAAGCAAACUCUUAGACUUAGCUGUACACUGUAUGUGAUUAUUAGUUUCUGUGAAUUGUUGUUAGUAUGUUCUCUGAUGUGUGUGCACACUGUAUGUAAUGCUUGCUGCUUGAA